GUGUGUGUGUGUGUGUGCUUCCCUGUCCCUGCCCUGCUUCCGCUGUCCCUCUCGCCCGUUCCUGGUCUCUGUCGUGCGUCCUCGCCGCCCAGGCCGUCGCUUUUCCGUAACCGUUGGGUCUGAAGCCGUUUUUCGGCUCACACCGUCUGGGCUCCAGCGUCGUACACCCCGCUGGUUCCAGAUAUACCGUACGGUUGCGACCGGGUUGCGGUCGUCGUUUUACGUAUAGGGCUCCCCAUGGCCGCUCGCGCAGUCUGGGCCGUGGCGCAGCAGGUGUCGCUCGCGGGGGCGAUCGCCGUGGCCCUCGGCCGGGAGGCGGGGGCCGGGCACGGAGGGGGGCAGGGCAGAUCGGCCGCCCGCCUCGGCGUGAUGAGCAAGGCCGGGGUCACGCGGUACAGCGCCCGGCAGAUCGGGAAGGCCCGCAGCACCGGGGGGGCCUUCUGGCCGGACUCCAGCAGCCGCGGCAACACGCUCUACGCUGGCGCGGGUGACCUCACGGACAACGUCUCGUGGGGGUGGCACCACCCGAACGGGGUCUACAGCACCAUCCCGGUCGGAGCGCCCCUCAUCGACAGCGAGCUGAACAUCUACGUCGGGUCGGACGACGCCAUCCGUAAGUUCGAUGUGUCCGGGGAGCUGCUCUGGAGCUACGCCCCCCGCGGCCAGCUCGCCGCCGCCCCAUCCAUCGCCAUCAGCUCGGCGUCGCGGCGCAUGGCGGUGGCCCCCACCGAGGUCUCCGCCGAGGAGGAGGCGGCCCUCCGGCCAGACUGGGCGAAACAGGGGGACGACCCCGAGGUCCCGUACGAGACCUUCUUCGCCCAGGUCAAGGUCGGCGAUCGCCUCAAGGUGCGCCCGGGCAAGGCGUUUGUCGGGGACGGCGGCAAGGACCUCUACAGGGACGGCGACCAGGGCAGGAUCACCCAAGUCCUCCGGCAGGGAGGCGACGGCGAGCGGGUGGUCAUCCAGUGGCCGCGCACCGGCCACGAGAGCGUCGCGAGCCUCGCCUCCCUGGGCAAGAGGUUCGUGCGCGUCGCUAGCGAGGUCAGUGCGGCCACCCUGCCGCCCAUGCUCGUCGGGAGCACCACCUCUGGCUACGUGUUCGCGGUCGGGCUCAGCGACGGGGAGGAGAUCUGGGCGACCCAGGCCUCCGAGCAGAUCGCGGGCGUCAAGGGGGCCGUUGGCGCCAAGGACGGGGUGGUCGUGGUCGCGACCAACCGCUGCACCGACCGGUACUGCUACCGAUACCGCAACCAGACGAACCCACUCACGCCGAGCAACUCCAUCGUGAGGGGCCUCAGCGCAGCGGACGGCAGCGCCCUCUGGUCCUACAGGACGCGGUCGCCCGUGUGGAACAUGGUGCCGCAGUGGGGCCCCAACGACACCGUCAUGUUCCAGGACUUCGAGGCCAACGCGUACUGCCUCAACUUCAAGACCGGCGCGCUGGUGUGGAAGUUCCGCGCCUCCAAAGGCAUGGGCACCUACACGAACGCCGCCGCCGUGUACGACGCGGCGUCCGAGCGGUUCUUCUCGAUGGGCGCCAAGGAGUACGAGCACAAGUUUUGCAACCCGUACCCCGCGCCAGGUGUCCUGCCCCACUGCAACACGUGGCCCGGCUCCGCAGGUAUGAUCUACGGCCUCAACGCGACUUCGGGCAGGAAGCUGUGGGAGUUGGAGACCCGCGAGCCGCCAGCGAGCGGCGCCGUCGGCUUGCUGAACAGCCCCCCGGGCCACACCAGGCUGGUGGUCACCCUGGGCUACAACUGCAGGUACAACUCCCCCUCCGGGCUCCUGUCCAUCGACCCGCACAAUGGCCACCUGCGGUGGGAGAGGGAGGGCCCGACGCUGUGGUCCGGCAUGUGCGCGGGAGACAGGGAGGGCGGCGACAUCCGCAGGGCGAUGGGCGGCCGCGCCGCCUGCGUGCCGAACUCCUGGUCCAGCCCAGUCAUCGACUCCAACGGUGAUCUCUACGUCGGCAGCCAGGUGGGGGUGCUGCAGAAGUGGGGGUCUCCCACGGGGCGGACCCUCGACGUCCAGCUGCUCUCCACCCUGACCACGGGGGUGGCGUUCCAGGACUCGGCCAUCGCGGUCGGGCCCGGCAUCAUGGCGGUGUCGACGUGCACCUCCCUCAUCGUCAUGCAGACUUCGGAUGGGGACAACUUCACCUUUCCCCUCGAGUACUGAGCCUGCGAGGCGAGAACAGGCGGAGAGGAGGAGGAGGAGGAGGGUCGUCAACUGACGUUGUAGACGCCCAUCUUCGUGCAGCAUUGCUUUCUUACCUGUCCUCGUACUUCUGAUGCUUGAGCAGGAGUCUUCAGGGCCCUUUCUACGCCGAGCUGGCCGGGGCCUUCAUUCCGAGCCUGGCAGCCAAUCUCCAGGACCGCCUCGCGCAGCGACCAACAUCGCGAGGCACGGGAGGGCCUUGUGAUCCCCAACCAUUCGCAUUUUUCCUUUCACUUCAUGUUGAGUUUGUCUUCAUGAGGGCAGUCGCCACCUGUACUUUUGGGGGCCACGCGCGCAUACAGCGAGUGGCACGUCGUUAGGACGUCCCUGCUGAUAGGACGCCACCCAGGCCGCCGCUUCACCUUUUUGUCAAUCUUUCCAUCGUGUUUUGUCCGCGCUUCAGUCCCACACUUACUGUGGCCGCCACGGAAUCGCGUUUCGCGCGUGCCCGCUCG